GACGGGUUUCGCUUACACAAAAAUUGCCCAUAGCGGUGGAAAUAAAGCGCCACCGUUCGUGAGCAGGCUCGACAGUAGUUCUCCUUUAGCACCGGCAGCCGUGCAUCCACCUGUGAGCACCGGUUGUAAGCACCUUUGCUCGAAACUACAAAUGGCCGCACUCAACGCCGCCGCAUCUUUCGAUGCGAGCGCCGUAGCGAAAGCGCAGGACGAAACGCUAGCGGAGGCCGAGCGCCUGAACGUGCUGCCGGCGCCUGAAAAGACGCCGUUCGAGCACAAGUACGCGGCGCGCAAGCUGCUCCAGGAGCGCUGCCAGGUUUUAGAAGCCGCGCUGCCGGGCGCCGGCACCACAACGCCCUGGGUCCGCGCCCUGCUCGGCGAGUGCGAGGCGGCGCUGGGCGACAUUGGCUACGACGUCGAGGAGCCGCACGCGGCGGACCCCUGCUACGCGCGCGCGCUCGCGGCGCUGGCGCCCGGCGCCGAGGCGCUCGACGACUCGGGCGACCACGGCGACGAGGACGCAUCGGAGGAGGCGCGACUGCAAGCGGCGGCUGCCGACGAGGAGACGGCGGAAGACAUCGCCGUAGCGAGUGCGGCGUGCGUCCGCGACGCGGCCCUGGUGGGCGCGCCGAAGCACGCCCGGGGCGCCGAACUCGGCGCGGCGGCGCUGCGCGCGCUCAAUGGCGCGGCCGUGCUCUGGCAGGGCCGCGAGCAGCCGCGCCGCGCCUUUCGGCUCCUCAAGGCCGCCGAGGCGCUCGAGCGCCUGCCGUCGCUCCCGGGCGGCGCCGGCUUCUCCGCGGACACGCUGCGCGAGGCCGAGACGAAGACGAUCUACUACCUCGCCCAGGUCUGCGCGUCGCUCGGCGACGGCGCGGCCAGCGCGAACUACUGCGCGCAGACGCUCGAGCGCCAGCUCGUGGGCCCCACGCCGUCCUUCGACGGCGUCACGCCUCUGGACUGGGCCAAGAACUGCGUCGGCCUCGCGCGCUUCUUCGUGGACCAGGGCGCCGUCCUCGACGCGAUGAGCUGCUGCCGCGCCGGCGUCGCCGCGGCGCGGCUCGACGGUGUCGACGACGACCCGGACGAGCCGCGCGGCAGCGUCGUCGCGGACGCGCACAAGUGCUGGGCGCAGGCGCACGCGAGUCGGGCGGAGUCUUUCAUCGCGACGCGUCGCACCGUCGCUACCUGUACAGAGAAGGACGCUCACUGAGAGAAAACAACACUCACACAAUACGCACGCACAGGUCGGCUGGCUCUCGAUACUCGCCGAAGUGGAGGACGGCGCCGCCCCGCCAAAGCCGCCCGCGGCGACACUCGCGGCCGACUUUCGGUCGCUCGGCGCGCCGGAGCGGUCGCCGGAUCUGGUGGACGGUAUUGGCGGCGACCUACGCCUCGCCUUCCGGGCGGCGCUGCGCGCUUUGCGGCGCGCGCGGAGCUACUACGUUUUGGACGGCUUUGUGACCGAGCACGUCGACCUCGCGCGGCUCGAGUCGACGUGCUGGAAGCUCGUGAGUCUGAAAGAGCCGGACUACGCGCGGCUCCAGCAGAUGCGCCGGCGGCGCGUGGCCUGCCUCGACCCGCUGCGGGACGCGCUCCAGGCCGAUGCGUACCGCGACCUGCGCGCCACGCUCGGCUACGAGGUCGCCCAGGUCCUGGCGGCCAUCGUGGAGGCCAAGGCCGAGCGCCUGCGGCGCUACUCCGGCCAAGCCCUGCGGGAGCGGCAGCAGGCGCUCGAGGCGCUCAAGGAUCGAACGUGCGACGUCUUCGACGACUUUCUAAAACAGUGCGCGGGCGACGCGCGGACGCAGCCGGGCGACACGCCGCGGUCCGCGAUUGAGCGCCUCGCGGAGUCGGACGUCGAGGCGUACAUGAACGCGCAGUUCGUCGCCGCGCGGCUCCGGGGCAAGCGCUUCGUCGCGAUCCCGGGCGACGUGCGCCACGCCGAGGACUCGCUGCGACGCUACAAGCAGUGCGUCGCCGACGCGGCGGCGGCGAAGAAGGCCCGCAAUUUGCCGGAGGACUUCUUCGCGCGGGAGCUGGACCUCUGCGAGCAGAUGAUCCACCUGCUGCCCACGAAGAUCCACCACGUCCGGACCACGGGAGGCGUGCUGGAGGAUUUUUAAUUUUGUAAAGUCAAACACACAA